CCCGACAGAGGAGAGAAGAAAUGGCGAUGCUAGGGUCUUUUAGCUCCGCACAGCAGAAUAAAAAUGUUUCUGGGGGCGACAGGGACGGGACAGAGUUCGUAUGUCCGGUUUGUCUCGAGAUUUUUGAUAGCCCUGUCACAACACAAUGUGGACAUACGUUUUGUCAAAGUUGUCUGCAGGAGUGCCUGCGGCCCCAGAAGCCAGUGUGUGCCGUUUGUAGGGCACCAUUGGGCCACUGGGCCAAAGCCACUGACCUAGAGGCCCUCAUACACACCUCAAUGGCGGCCUGCAAGGGGUGUGGAGCACAGGUGGGCCUGUCCCAGAUGAGAGGCCACACGGCAGCAUGCUCCAAGUACCAGGAGUAUAUUGAGGAGGGGGUCAGGACCACUGCCCAGACCCAGCCUAACAUUAUUGGCCCUAUGCCGAACCGCUUCACUUUCUCAUGCCCCUACUGUAACUACCAGAACCUGGACCAGGACGGCCUGGUGGAGCACUGCACUUCCCAGCAUGCCCGGGACACUCGCCACGUGGUGUGUCCUAUCUGUGCCUCUAUGCCUUGGGGGGACCCCAACUACAGGAGCGCUGACUUCUUCCAGCACCUAAAGAUUAGACACACCUUCUCUUAUGACACCUUUGUGGACUACUCCACAGACGAACACACUAUGAUCCAGGAGGCUCUACAACGCUCCCUCAUGGAGAACUGAGGUGGUGUCUGCCUCGAGGAAGGAAGAAAAAAAGUGGCUUUGAGGCAAAAUAUAAUUGCACUGCACCAUCCUUGAACUGGGCUAGUGGUGUA